AUGAGCUCCUCUCUCCCGAAAAGCGAGUCCGCUACUUCUCUGCUCAGGUCGUCGGGGCUGAGCCGCAGGUCCACGCACUCGGAUCACGGUCCCCACGGGCACCGGGGUCACCGGCCUCAGCAUCCCCAUCCCACCGGAGCUGGAGGCGGGCAGGAGGCGGGCUGGACCGAGGACUGCGAGCCCAGUGCCCGCAGACCUCUCUGCCGGCCGAGACACUCCGACUCCCGGGGAGGCGACCACCAGCGGGUGCAGAAGAGCCACUCGCACCGGCAGGUCAGCCUCCUGGAGGACGGAUCCCCUCAGGAGGAUGCGAGGCACAGGACGAGCCGCCAUCAGAAGGAGCGGAGCAACUCCACCAGGUCCAAACACCCCCAUCCGCAGCCAGAGUCCCCGAGAGGUGAGCCGCCUCCUGCAGCGCAGCACCCGGGCAGGAGGACCUCUCCGACUCCGUCCUACCCGAAGCACACGGACGAUGCGGAUUUCUUCUUCGAGCCCCGGGAGAGGCUGCAGGUCACCGGCUCGUCCUCCAGCCUCAGCUCGGGCACACCUGCCUCCGGUGCACCUGUCCGGCCCGCGGGACGCCGCACGGCCAAGAGACUCAGCGGGACCGCUUCUGAGUACGACUCCAGUCUCCAUCCCAUCGUGAAGUCGGUGUUCGGCCAGGACCGAGAGCUGAGGCCAGAAGAAAUGGAUGAGUUGCGCGAGGCUUUCAGGGAAUUCGACAAAGACAAAGAUGGCUUCAUCGGCUGCAAAGACCUGGGGAACUGCAUGAGGACUAUGGGCUACAUGCCCACAGAGAUGGAGCUGAUCGAGCUGAGUCAGCAGAUCAACAUGAACCUGGGAGGACAUGUUGACUUUGAGGACUUCGUUGAACUCAUGGGGCCCAAACUUCUGGCUGAAACCGCGGACAUGAUCGGGGUGAAAGAGCUGAGGGAUGCAUUUAAGGAGUUUGACACAAAUGGCGAUGGCCAGAUCAGCACGUCAGAACUUAGAGAGGCAAUGAAGAAACUUCUUGGACAACAGGUCGGACACAGAGAUCUGGAGGACAUCCUACGAGACAUAGAUCUGAACGGAGAUGGACACGUGGACUUUGAAGAGUUCGUGCGGAUGAUGUCUCGGUGA